AUGGAAUGCGAGUAUGCUGAGGCUGUAGCGAACUCUCCCGGGUUAGUGAAACCGGUUUCAAAGAGAAAGUGGUCAACAAAAGAGGACUUUGUGCUCAUCAGUGGUUGGCUGAACACGAGCAAGGACCAUAUUGUCAGUAACGAGCAGAAGGUUACUUCCUUUUGGAAGAGAAUUGAGGCGUAUGUUAAUUGUAGCCCUCUGCUCACUGGCUGCGUUCCUAGAGAAUGGAGUCAGUGUAAGCAGAGGUGGGGAAGGGUGAACGAGCAGGUCUGCAAGUUUGUGGGAAGUUAUGAAGCGGCAAUGAAGCACCAAUCAAGUGGUCAAAAUGAGGAUGAUGUCAUGAAGGCUGCUCAUGAGAUCUUCUUCAAUGAUUAUCAAGCGAAGUUCACCAUGGAACACUGUUGGAGGGAACUGAGACAUGAUCAGAAGUGGAAGUCAGUUUUUAAGUCAAGAGAUGGCGCCAAGGAGAAAAGGAAGGAAGCUGAGGAGGUGAUACCUGAGGACGAGGUUAGACCGCCUGGUGUUAAGGCUUCUAAAGCAGCCAAACGCAAGAGGCACGGUCAUGAAGCUGCUUUCGAUCAAAUUGAGAGUAUCUUGGCUGAGAGAAAGAAAAUUUCUCAGCAGAAACUCCUAGAUCGUCUCCUUGCCAAAAAAGAAACUGAUCUAUCUCCUAACGAAAUCACCCUAAAAAACAAACUCAUUUCUGAACUCCUUGAUUGA